AUGUUUUUCAGAACUCUUGCCCUCGCGGCCACUGUUGGCUCUGCUCUUGCCCAGCGUCCUGCAAACAUCUCCAUCUGCGAUUACUACACCACUGCUCUAUUGAAGAACAACACCGCGGCGAACCAGAAGACACUGUUAACUCUCGUCGUCAACACUGCAGCCAUUGGCAACUAUACCCAGCCAAACAUCGGCAUCACGGUUCCAGGUAUCCUUGCUCCCGCCAUGGUCAAUGGCACCGCAGUCAACCUCGCUCCGUAUUUCACCGGCAUGUUGGCGUCAACAAACAGAGGUGGCUCGAUGGGUAUUUCCGUCAACUUCCUUGAUGGAGGUGGAGCUACCCCCCUCAUGAUGAACAUGCCAGCCAACGACACAAGCUCAAACCAAUACUUCCUCAUCAAUCAUCUGUACGAGUACUUUGGUGUUCUCCUCGGCUGCUCCAUGCAAGGAGGUGCUGAUUAUUCUGCCUACGAAGGCGAUGCUUCUCAAUAUGAAGUCCAUAAGUUUAUGCAGCUAUCAUACGCCGAGGUUACUUAUUUCAUUGAGCAAGUGGGCAUGUCUGCUGCUUCUUUCGGUGUCGCGACCGAAGAUGUCAUGUUGGUUGGAACGGCUCUCAUGAACGCAUUCGGAUACCGUUGCGAGCCUCCAAUGACCAUCGUCCCAGCACAAGGUCCUCAACUCCAGAGCAUCUGCGAUGAUGAGACCUGCCCUCUCUCACCCAACGCCACUUGCGCUUCCUACAACGGUACCAUCCCGAAGCCUGGGAACGCCACGAUUCCCGGAUCAAACUCCACCGCCACCUCGACUGGCUCUGGCAGCAAGACAACUGGCGGAAGCACUGCUACCGGCUCCGCUCCUGUAGCUACUGUGUCCACAGCCGCCGGUGCGACCGUUGCUUUCAGCUUCGCAGCUGUUGUUGGUGGUUUGGCGGCUAUGUUCUUGUAG